AUGGUGGAGAGUGUAUGGCUGGACGCUAGCAUUGAAAACAAGCACAUCGUAUGGAAAGAUGGCACGAGGGCUGUAUAUGAAAACUGGUUGACUGGGCGUCCGGUAAACGAUAGUAACUGUGUGGAAAUGUUGCCCGAUCAAAUAAACCCGGGUCAGUGGUUAGACCAACCAUGUGCCAAACGAAAUAUUGUGGCCUGCAAGCGCGUGGUAAAGUGGUUGGACGAUCGUACGGAGCGCUUGAUCAGGGACAAUCGUCGCUUGUUGGUUCGUUACGAAACGGAUAUGGCACAGUUGAAGCAGACAGUAGCUGUGUUAGAGGUAACCGCGGGUGAAGUUCGACCCCGUAAUCAGGCGGUGCGCAUAUUUCAACUUCAUGGCACAUGUCGUGAGCCGUGCGGAUGCAAUGGAUGGGUGCCUUAUGGGGACGAAAAAUGUUACCGUGUGUUCAACACAACACACCCCAAGACAUACGCACAGAGCGGCGAAUUUUGCGGCGCCCUUAAACAGGACCCGUAUGUCCCGACUCUACCCAUCGUUAAAUCGGCGGACGAACACCGGUUUCUCGUCGACUAUUUGGCGGACACUUUUGCAAACGGGACAGACGUGUGGAUUGGCGCCCGGCGCCGGACAUCACCGGCCGAUGACGUGACAGAGUUUAAGUGGUGGGACGGGUCGAGCGUCGAGUACAGCAAUUGGCUGCCAGGCGCGGCGUUGGGCGUAGACCGGGCCGACUGUGUGGCCAUGAAAUCAGCGAAACAUUGGUAUGCAGUGUCCGGCGCUCAAGUGGUUGACAACGGUGUUUGGGUUAACACUAUGUGCGACGCCCAUAAUGUGGUGCUGUGCCAGAAAGUGCAGUACUGGUCGGACAGUAAGAUCCAGUCGCAAGUGAUGGCUGAUAGACGCCGCGCAUUGCAAACACGUCACGAUCUAGAUACUUUUAAAAAUAUGCUAGAUGUCACAGCGAAUAAUAGUGCUACAAAAAAUAUUCAAGAUGAGAUUUUAAACGAAAUCGCAACAUUAAAACGUAACCAAGAACAACAGCAGGCAGAAAUUACACAACUGAAACUUGAUGAUGGCCACCAUCAGUCAACAAUAACGCAGCUCAAAUUGGAACAUGGUCAACAACAAUCUGAAAUUUCAGAACUCAAACACGAAUACGAGCUACGAAAAUCAGAAAAUACCCAGCUAAAACUUGACCAUGAUAAACAACAAACUGAAAUUAGCAAGUUGCAACAAGACGUAAACCAAUGUCAAUCUAAAAUCGCCCAGGUGUCACAGAGCCAGUUGCCAAUUGGUUUCAUAUACGUACAGCUGCCCCAUCAGUCUGACCCCAAAGACCUGUGGCCACAGUACACGUGGUCGGAAGUGACUGCCCAAUACGCGGGUCAAUUUUUCCGGGCUGAAGGUGCCGGGAGUUUGACAUAUAACCAAGGUGUUCAGCCGGAUAACGCACCUAGAAUCACCAAGAUAGCAUUUAGGAGUUUUCGGGACGGCGGUGACAAUUGGGAAGUGGAUGUGCCGUCGAGUGGGUGGAGUCCAUUAGUGAUUACAGGUGGACACUCGGGUCGUUGGGUCUUAGCUAAGUAUUACGUGUCCGGGGGUGAAGUGCGGCCCCGUAAUCAAGCCGUGCGCAUAUUUAAACGUACAGGUUAA